UUCGGUAUUGCCCGGACAUUUUCGCCUCUUUGUUUUACCGAUAGUGCAUUUAACUCGCGUUCAACCCAAUAUCCAGCGGACUGUACUGUUCUCAAACAGCCACAUGAGAGGGCAUCUAUGAUGAGGAGCUAACACCACUGCGUGCCUGCAGGAAGAGACGUGGCUGCCAAAUCAUCCUCAGUCAACACAUGGCGUCAUUAGGGAACCCCGAGAUGCUAACCAGGAAGAUCAAGCUGUGGGACAUCAACGCCCACAUAACUUGUCGCCUGUGUGAGGGGUACCUGAUAGACGCCACUACUGUCACGGAGUGCUUGCAUACCUUCUGCAGAAGCUGUCUAGUGAAGUAUCUGGAGGAGAACAACACCUGUCCCACGUGCAGGAUUGUCAUUCACCAGAGCCACCCACUGCAGUACAUCGGCCAUGACCGAACAAUGCAAGACAUUGUCUACAAGUUGGUACCGGGGCUACAAGAGGCGGAGAUAAAAAAACAAAGAGACUUCUAUCAGAAGCUGGGAAUGGAAGUGCCCGGGGACAUCAAAGGAGAGCUGUGCAGCAUGAAACAACAUCUAGAUCCUCAGCGCAAUGGUGAGGUGAAAACGGAGGACACGGCAAAUAAGGAAACAGCGGAGGACAAACCGGAGGAGGAGGAGAACGAUUAUCACCGCAGCGACGAGCAGGUCAGCAUCUGUUUGGAGUGCAACAGCAGCAAGCUCCGUGGCCUGAAGCGCAAGUGGAUCCGCUGCUCGGCGCAAGCCACGGUCCUUCACCUCAAGAAAUUCAUCGCCAAAAAGCUUAACCUGACAUCGUUCAAUGAGCUGGACAUUUUAUGCAAUGAGGAAAUCUUGGGAAAGGACCACACUUUGAAAUUUGUUGUCGUGACAAGAUGGAGAUUUAAGAAAUCCCCCCUCCUGCUGCAUUACAGACCCAAAAUGGAUUUGCUGUAGUCGGACAGAACGGUUGUUUUGGCCCAGUGGCCCAGAACUGUGCAACGUACUAUUUAUGCAGAGACGAUCAAUCCCAACACCAAGCAAACACACCAGAUCAGAAGUCCACACAAGCCAGCAAACAACAAACCCCAGCACAGAUACUGCACCACUGGCGGGUUUAGAUAAAAAAAAAAAAAACUUUUUUGUCCGCUAUACAUCCUAGAUAUGUGAAAGAUUUGAGAGAAAAAAGCAUAUAUUUAUACUUUUGUACAGAUGAGACAUGGAACCAAGACACUACUGGUGCUCUGUUUACACAUGAACAAGAUGUCGGGGAAUCGUGUGCCCAUAUUUUUUGUUUUUUUCCGACAGACUUCACUCCUCCGACCCUCAUUGACUGAUAAAAAGGCGAGGACGAGGAUUUUUAACAGUUCAUUUUAUUUUUCAGGUUACACUCAAACGAGUCUUGGGAGCAAAGAAAGUAUAUACAUUUAUAUAAUAAGACAUUGUUUCAAAGCUGUUUAUUGCAUUGUUGUAUUGUUCUCUGAUUUAUUUUUUUAUUUUACUUUAAAAUUGCUUCGGGUUUGCUGAAGGUUGAUUGUGAAUAGGGGAAAAAUGUGUGUACUAAUUUAUGUUCUAUAUACCAAUAUUGUACAUAAAAUGUCAUUAUGAGAGAGAUUGAAAGGAGUAAGAAAGAUACUUAAGAUUGUUAGGAAAGGUUCACAGAAGUGCUUCAGUACGGUGCAUUCGGAAAGUAUUCAGACCCUUUGACUUUUUCCACAUUUUGCUAUGUUAGUCCACAUAAAUCUACACACAAUACCCCAAACAGGUUUUUAGAUAUUUUUGCAAAUGUAUUAUAAAUAAAAAACAGAAAUACCUUAUUUACAUAAGUAUUCAGACUUGCUAUGAGUUUCGAAAUUGAAACAGGAUUGUGUCGAGGCCCAGAUCUGGGGAAUGGUACCAAAUUAUGCAGCAUUGAAGGUCCCAAGAACAACAGUGGCCUCCAUCAUUCUUAAAUGGAAGAAGUUUUGAACCACCAAGACUCUUCCUAGAGUGGGCCGCCUGGCCAAACAUCGCAAUCGGGGGAGAGGGGCCUUGGUCAGGGAGGUGACCAAGAACCCGAGUUCCUCUGUGGAGAUGGGAGAACCUGAAAGAAGGACAACCAUCUCUGAAGCACUCCACCAAUCAGACCUUUAUGGUAUUGUGGCUAGACGGAAGCCACUCCUCAGUAAAAGGGACAUGUCAGAUUGAACUCUUUGGUCUGAAUGCCAAGCAUCACAGCUGGAGAAAAUCUGGCACCAUCCCUACAGUGAAGCAUGGUGGUGGCAUCAUAAUGCUGUGGGGAUGUUUUAGGCGGGAGGGGCUGGGAGACUAGUCAGGAUCGAGGGAAAGAUGAACAGAGUAAAGUACAGAGAGAUCCUUGAUGAAAACCUGCUCUAGAGCGCUUAGGACCUCAGACUGGGGCGAAGGUUCCCCUUCUAACAGGACAACGACCCUAAGACAAUGCAGGAGUGACUUCGAGACAAGUCUCAGAAUGUCCUUUAGUGGCCCAGCCAGAGCCCGAACUUGAACCCGAUCAAACAUCUCUGGAGAGACCUGAAAAUAGCUGUGCAGCGACACUACACAUCCAACCUGGCAGAUCUUGGGAGGAUCUGCAGAGAAGAAUGGGAGAAACGCCCCAAAUACAGGUGUUUCAAGCUUGUAGCAUCAUACCAAGAAAACUCAAGGCUGUAAUCACUUGCAAAGGUGCUUUAACAGUGCUGAGUAAAGGGUGUGAAUACUUACACUAACGUUCAAAAGUUUGGGGUCACUUAGAAAUGUCCUUGUUUUUGAAAGAAAAGCACAUUUUUUUGUCCAUUAAAAUAACAUCAAAUUGAUCAGAAACACAGUGUACACAUUGUUAAUGUUGUAAAUGACUAUUGUAGCCGGAAACAACAGAUUUUUUAAUGGAAUAUUUACAUAGGCGUACAGAGGCCCAUUAUUAGCAACCAUCACUCCUGUGUUCCAAUGGCACGUUGUGUUAGUUAAUCCAAGUUUAUCAUUUUAAAAGGCUAAUUGAUCAUUCGAAAACCCUUUUGCAAUUAGGUUAGCACAGCUGAAAACUGUCGUUCUGAUUAUAGAAGCAAUACAACUGUCCUUCCUUAGACUAGUUGAGUAUCUGGAGCAUCAGCAUUUGUGGGUUCGAUUACAGGCUCAAAAUGACCAAAAAACAAAGAACUUUCUUCUGAAACUUGUCAGUCUAUUCUUGUUCUGAGAAAUGAAGGCUAUUCCAUGCGAGAAAUUGCCAAGAAACUGAAGAUCUUGUACAACGCUGUGUCCUACUCUCUUCACAGAAUAGCGCAAUCUGUCUCUAACCAGGAUAGAAGGAGGAGUGGGAGGCCCAGGUGCACAACUGAGCAAGAGGACAAGUACAUUAGAGUGUCUAGUUUGAGAAAUAGACGACUCACAAGUCCUCAACUGGCAACUUUCAUUAAAAAGUACCCGCAAAAUACCAGUCUCUACCUCAACAGUGACGAGGCGACUCUUGGAUGCUGGCCUUCUAAGCAGAGUUGCAAAGAAAAUUACAUUUCUCAGACUGGCCAAUAAAAAUAAAAGAUUAAGGUGGACCAAAGAACACAGACACUGGACAGAGAUAUGGCUUUUUAUUUGCAUCUCUGCCUAAAGGCCAGCAUCCGGGAGUCACCUCUUACCUGUUGAUGUUGAGACUGGUGUUUUGCGGGUACUAUUUAAUGAACUUGCCAGUUGAGGACUUGUGAGGCAAUUGUUUCUCAAAAUAGUGUACUAAUGUACUUGUCCUCUUGCUCAGUUGUGCACCGGGGCCUCCCACUCCUCUUUCUAUUCUGGUUAGAGCCAGUUUGCUCUGUUCUGUGAAGGGAGUAGUACACCGCGUUGUAUUGUGUGUAGAUCGAUGAGGGGAAAAACUAUUUAAUCCAUUUAGAAUAAGGUUGUAACAUAACAAAAUGUGGAAAAGUCAAGGGGUCUGAAUACUUUCCGAAUGCACUGUAUAUUGUUGGGCUACUUGUAUAUGUAAUAUUGGGUUUUUAAUGUAGAGCAGACUCCUUAUCAGUAUAUAGAAAGGCAUCUUUUAGUUGUCUGAGAGAGAAACAAAACAAAUAUAUCAAAUCUUCUGCCGUGUAAAAAAGGAAAUAGUCUGAAAUUACGUUGCAUUGCUACAUGCACAAGAUAUGAAUUAGAGACAGUCUAUGAAAGCAGCCCGCUUUUAAACUAUUCCAGUGAUUACUACAUCUCAAUUGCAUUGCCAUCAAAUACGAUUGACCAUUAAAUCAACCUGGUUUCGUCUAACAGUAUAAUCAAGCAAGAACUUGGGAGUAUUGUUUGAAACAUCUGUGUCCAAAAAGCCUGCAAGGUAAUAUUAUGCAGCUACUGUUACUCUUGCUAUCGACAGGAGGCACUUGUAUUGAUUUAUUCUCUUUAGGUAUUCAUACCACAAUAAAUCCGUCCUCGUGUUUAUUCGACCGCACUUCACAGCUCCCUAGCCCUGCAUAUUGUUUCGAGAGAUGAGGAAGUGCAGCCACAUGCAUAUGAGAUGGCCGAGCACCCAGCAGCUGAUAGCAUUAGCAUCCCAGUCCUUUGUAGAAUGUAUUCCUCUGGGUUACAGUGCAGCAUCCCACCACUUCUUCUAUCCCUAUGUCAUCGCGACCUUUAGUGCCAAAGGCUUGAAAACCCCCCUUGACUUGAUCUUGUAUUUCCGUGUGGUCAGCUAUAUGAAAGUCAAUGAGAUUUAAUCUAUUUCACAGCAGUAUGGGACCUGAGAUAUAAAGCUGUUUGGAACAGAGAGUCACAUAUGAAACAGUUACAUUUGAGACGUUAUUAAAUUGACAAGAGCUUGAAGUUUUUUCAUUAUGUGGAAGAAGCACACUCAGACGUGAAAGAUUAACAUGCUCUUUUGAGCAUAUGAAAUAAAUGCAUUUUUUGAUAUGAUAGUAUCAAAAUCAGAUUACUUUUGUACCUUUUUGAGGUGGCUCUAAUUUUGGUGCUAAUUUGAGCGUGUCUAAUGAGAGUUUGGGGAGAAAGUACUUCAGAGAUUAAUGGCUCAACUGUGUAUUACGGGAUCCAGGGCACGGAAGGACAGAACAGUCUUAAUUCAUAGUCAUGGCCACCCUUUUCUUCAGUGCAACUGAAAUAUGCUUUCCUUGAACUGGACCAUAAAUGAACAUUUCAGACCUCACAUAGCAUUACCUCACUGCGCUGUCAAUAUUACUGUCAAUAAUUGUUGAUUCCCCUCCUUGUAUUUAUGUAAGGAAAGCUGUCGAUCUUGUUCACACACAGUCCAAAUAAGGUCUUAUAGGUGCAUAUUAUAUUUUAAAAAUACUUUCAUACCUGUCUCUACCAAACCAGCUUAACCAAAACUCAUUUUUAUUUGGUUAACGGUCACCCCAUCAGUAAAUGCAUAAAUGCUAUUCAUAUAAAUACUUUUUUUUUUUUAUCCAUACUUCGACCAUAUUUGUUGAGAUGUCUUACAGUGCAAAAAAAUUGUUGUAUGCAUAUGGCAACACAAUAUGUGUAAAGCCUGCCUGGCUCAUUUCCUGUUGUUUUUAUCAGUACCUUCUGCCUUUGACCUUAGCUUACCCAUCCAAGAGCUGAAAGAUGUGCAAGCAUUUUUUGUCAAUAUUGACCGCUUGGCUCCUGUGUGAAUGACAUAUUAAUUUUGUGUUACAGGCCCCGUAUAUUUACAUUAGCUUGGUUUGAACAGCAUAUUAGCCAUGUAAUCAUUACUUUUCGCAAAAAUGCUAUCAGAGUAAACAAUGAGGUAACUAUUUCCCAGCAGAACCUAUGUAAUUCUUAAGAACUGGUAUAAUUGGAACGAAGGCAUGUUACAUGUUUUUUUUUUUUUUUUUACAUGAUUCAGAUAUUCUUUUCUCUACUUGUUUUACAUGUAUGCGAGUGCUGUUCAGUAACCCUGUGAUGUGAUCUCUGGAACAUAAUGGGGGGGGAUGGGGCUUUGUUUUGGGGCCUUUGCCACUGUGAAGGCUGGUGCCUUCUCUUCUUUUCUCUCUUCUUGGAGCUGAGUACGGUGCUAACAUCUUUUCUCUAACUCUAACUCAAUCUGGUUCAAAUCCGCUUCAGAGAGUUCAAAUGAGUGCUGUGGAUUCCGCGGCCUGUAGUACUUCAGUCACUCACUAAUCGGGCUUCGUGACGACGUGCCCUAGUGCCUACAUGCUGGAGUCCAGGGGUGUGAUGUCUUGUCGUGUCUGUCUCACUUUCUCUCUGUGCAGAUGACAAAGGUGCUGUUUUUAUCUUGUUGAUUUGUUUGUUUGCUUGCUCUGGAAAAACAGAAUAGAGAGAAAGGUAAAUAACGUUUUGGACCGUGAAGAAGUUGCUGUUAUUUGAAAACACACAAAAAGCGGAGAAGCUGAGGUAGCUAUAUACCUGAAUGAUUCUUCUUCAGAGAGAAAGAGUAUUUAUUUGGAGUUAUUUUCAUGCGACUCACAGUAACCUCAGUGAAAUGCUUGGGGAUCCCUGUUUUAGCUGUAGUUGUCCUUUCUGCUCUAUGGAAUUAGUACAGAAAGCUCUUCUUUAUCACUACACUUUCACGACUUCUAGCAGUUGGACAUUCGCCAGGUGCCUAGUGCCGGCACAGGUAUUGUUGUUAGAAUUUUUCCAAAGUUAACUCAUACCCCAGGAGUCAUGCCUGGGAGGUGUGUGGAGUAACGCGGGGGCAGGUUCCACCUCCAGAGCACUGGAUCGGAUCGAUCUUCACACUUUUAUCAUCCCUACGUUGAGACAUCAGUGUCGCUACACUUGACAGCUGGGCUAAGAGGCUUUUACAUGCUUCCCUAUUCUGCUCACUGCAGAGCGUGGUUCGUAUCCAGACUGAACCGUUGCCAAUGUGGAGACCGUGACAUGUCAAGGCCUCAACUCAUAAACUCCUCUUUUCUCAUUUUCUAGACUCUUAUCCUCUCGUUAUCUCCGAAUUAUCCACACCGCGGUUGGGGCGAGCUGUACGUAACUGAUAGUCUGAUUGCCUGAACUUGACUACCAGCUCAUUUCAAUGUCAUAAUGCUACUUAUGAAGACCAGAAUAAGCCAUGGUACCUGUGGAGGCUUUUAACCUACUUUUUUAAAGAGCAAUUAAGUCUUAAUAAUAGUUUCGUGAAACAUUGGCAGUCAUUUUUGAAUGGAUGCCCUGGAUAGACACCAAAGUAUUCCAGGUGGUCUCAAAAUGGCCCAGUGUUUAUGUUCCUGUAAUAACAGUCUCCACUCUGAGAGUGUGAUGGCUCUUUUUCACUCUGGCCCCCUGAGCUCUCCUGUAAAGCUCUGUAAUCACCCAGGCGACCCCUACGUCUGACCGGGGUCACUCAGGCGGCUAGUCUGGAUGAAACACACUCCACAAAUACGGAUUGUCUGGCCAGGGCAGCACUGCACCACUGCACCCACUCAGAAAAGGCAGCUUGGCUCUUGACGGUGCCAUGCAGCGAAUCACAAUCCCACAGGUGGUACCGAUUGAGGGGUAACUGUCUGGAGUUGGCUUUCAUUUCAACAUGAUAUUUCCAUUUCAAUUGUCUAUUUCAAAGGUGUUUAACUAUCAUCUGCAACUUUGACCCGACUCUGGGAAUGAGGAAAGAGAUGUGGUCUGGAUGUCACAGUGAGUUCAUUAGCCUGAUAAAUGUUACAGUCAUAUUUUCCUUCAAAAUGAAGGGAAAUAAAUCCACAGUAACCAACCUUCACAGUGGCGCACUGGUCAUCGAUAUAAUCUGUCCGAAUUUUGUAUUAUUAUUAUUUAUUUAUACUGUAAAGUUAUGAAUCCUGCAGUAGCUUUUUGUUUUUGAAAAACAUACAGAGAUUUGAUAUCCUUCCCUGUGUUCAUUAUUUUUAUUUUUGUUUUGUUUAAAACAUACGAUUUUAUGGCCUAAAUUAUGAAUUUAUAACUGUGCUCCCUCUUUUGUAUUGUAAGUGAUCGCGUCUACUCAAUGCUCUCUGUGUACCAACAGCACAAGCUGUGCUCCUCUUUGGGUCAAGGUCUGGCAAAAUUAAAACUAAUGUAAAACUGGCAAUGUGGUAAUUGUAUUUGCAAGGAAAAUGUGCAAUAUCCUUUUCUCAGAUGGUUCCAGGUUUCAGAGUAAAAAUUCCAUUUAACGUAUUUUUUGGCUUUCCAGUCAAUUCCUCAGGUCACAAAAAUGCCUUCCUGGUCUUGAGGGUGACCAGGAAUCUCAGAUCACACUAAUGCACCCGGAUAUGAAAUGGCUGGAUUUUAUUUUGGUCUUGUCGCUCUUGUUUAUUUUAUGUCUCUGUUACACAAAUUUCCUCAGAAAAAAAGUUCUGGGUUAAACACAGGCACUUAUUCAGGUGUCCUUUUCCUUGUUCUCUUUUUUGUAUUAUGAUUAUUUAUUUCCAUUGCCACAUGAAAGGAGUUUUUGGUAGAGAACUGGGCUGGAAUUUGUUACACACAAUUAUUAAGGAUGUUUUUUGUCAAAAACGUAAGUGUGUAUUUCAUCAAUAAAUGCCUUUAAAAGUG